UCGUGAGAUCCAGGGAGAUGCGCGCGCCACGGAUAACCGGAAGCGCUGAUCGGUAAUACACGGCGAGACGAGUGACACCAAAUCUCAGUUUUUUUUUAUCAAUGGAGGACUGAUUCAUCAAUUCCUCGAACGGGUCGAUGUGUACCGGGAGAUUUCGUUCAUAUGAUCAGAAGAAUAUAUCACAUGUUUUUAUACUCAGAGGAAUUGUGAGGGUGAAAUUAUCCGAGGCGACGGUAUCUACCUUUCCAUAGAUCCGCACCUGACAGGCAUUUCCAUGCCCCCCAUGUCCCUGCAGUCAGUCUAGGUCCUCCUCAGAGAGCAGGAUGAGAAAAUGGCCGCCCAGCUUCUUGUUCCUCCCGGACCUGAAAGCUUCCGGCGGUUCUGCCCGGAGUCCCUGGCCGCCAUCGAGAGGCGCAUCGCUGAGGAGAUCGCACGGAAGCCCAAGGACGCAAGGCGGUGCGACCCAGAUGACGAGAAUGGACCCAAGCCCAACAGUGACCUGGAGGCAGGGAAGUCCCUGCCCUUCAUCUACGGAGACAUCCCAUCUGGCCUGGUGUCCGUACCACUGGAGGACCUGGACACCUACUAUCAUAACCAGACAACGUUUAUAGUGUUAAACCGUGGGAAGGCCAUCUUCCGCUUCAAUGCCACCCCUGCCCUCUACAUCCUUAGCCCCUUCAACCUGAUGCGAAGAAUCGCCAUCAAAGUGCUUGUGCAUUCGAUGUUCAGUUUUUUCAUCAUGUGCACUAUUCUGACCAACUGCGCCUUCAUGACGCUGAGCAAUCCACCAGACUGGGCCAAAAAUGUUGAGUACACGUUCACAGGGAUCUACACGUUUGAGUCCCUUAUCAAGAUCCUGGCGCGGGGAUUCUGUGUGGGGAAGUUCACCUUCCUUAGGGAUCCUUGGAACUGGCUUGACUUCAGUGUUAUCUCCAUGGCAUAUGUGACAGAAUUUGUGGACCUCGGCAAUGUCUCUGCACUCCGAACCUUCAGGGUUCUCCGGGCUCUCAAAACUAUAUCAGUCAUCCCAGGCCUGAAGACCAUUGUGGGCGCUCUGAUCCAGUCGGUGAAGAAGCUGUCGGACGUGAUGAUCCUGACGGUGUUCUGCCUGAGCGUGUUCGCUCUCAUUGGCCUGCAGCUCUUCAUGGGCAACCUACGGCAGAAAUGCGUGCGGAUCCCCACGAACGAUACCACGCCCAUACCCACUGGCCUGCCGCCCAACCACACUGCACUGGGCAGUACCGAAGACCAGGAACUGCUGGCCAGCAUGAGCCUGAUGACAUUCAACAACACCUUUAACUGGACUGAGUACCUCAACAAUGAAACCAACUAUUACUAUCUACCAGGCCGGCGUGAUGCUCUACUCUGUGGAAAUGGCAGUGAUGCAGGGCAAUGCCCAGAGGGCUUUUCGUGCAUCAAGGCGGGUCGGAACCCGGACUACGGCUACACCAGCUUCGACACUUUUAGCUGGGCCUUCCUCUCGCUCUUCCGCCUCAUGACGCAGGACUACUGGGAGAACCUCUAUCAGCAGACCCUCCGUGCGGCUGGGAAGCCCUACAUGAUUUUCUUUGUGCUGGUGAUCUUUCUGGGCUCGUUCUACCUGGUCAACCUGAUCCUGGCCGUGGUGGCCAUGGCCUACGACGAGCAGAACCAAGCCACCAUCGAGGAGGCGCAGCAGAAGGAGGAGGAGUUCCAGGCCAUGCUGGAGCAGCUCAAGAGACAGCAGGAGGAGGCGCAGGUUGCCGCGGCAGCGACCACGGGCGAGAGUGGCGACUACAGCGCCAGCUGCGGCUGUCGGAGGGCCCCGUCGGAGGAGAGCUCGUCGGGUGGCGGCUCACGCCUCAGCUCCAAGAGCGCCAAGGAGCGCCGCAACCGCCGCAAGAAGCGAAGGCAACGCGAGGAGCAGGAGGAGGAAGAGGAGGAGGAAGUGGCCGAGAAGAGGGACGCAGAGAAGUUCCACAAGUCGGCGUCAGAGGACAGCAUCAAGCGCUCCUUCCGCUUCUCCAUUGACGCCAACCGCCUGUCCUACGAUAAGAAGUGCUCGACGCCCAAUCAGUCUCUCCUGAGCAUCUCGCGUGCCUCCCUCUUUUCCCCGCGCCGGACAAGCCGAGCGAGCCUCUUCAGCUUCCGGGACCGGGCACGCGACUUUGGCUCGGAGAAUGACUUCGCCGACGACGAGCACAGCACGUUUGAGGAUAGCGAGGAGCGUGGUCGGAAUGCUCGCCGUCUGGGCUUGGCGCGCGACCGGCGAGGCUCCAACGUCAGCCAACGCAGCCUGGGGGCGCCGCGCAUUAUUCUGCCCGCCAAUGGGAAGAUGCACUGCACUGUCGACUGCAAUGGUGUGGUGUCGCUGGUCGGGGGCACGUCUGUGCCCACCUCGCCCGUUGGCAGGUUGCUUCCGGAGGGCACCACCACUGAGUCUGAUGUGAAGAAGAAGCGGUCAGGAUCUCACCGAACCUCUAUGGACUAUCUGGACGACACUGUGGCCAGGCAGAGGGCUCUGAGCGUGGCCAGCAUUCUCACCAACACAAUGGAGGAACUGGAGGAGUCUCGUCAGAAGUGCCCCCCCUGCUGGUACAAGUUCGCCAAUACCUUCUUGAUCUGGGACUGCUGCCAGGGGUGGCUGAAGAUCAAGGAGGUGGUCAACAUGGUGGUGAUGGACCCGUUUGUGGACCUGGCUAUCACCAUCUGCAUCGUGCUCAACACACUCUUCAUGGCCAUGGAGCACUACCCCAUGACCAAGGAGUUCAACGAUGUCCUCUCUGUGGGAAACCUGGUGUUCACUGGCAUCUUCACAGCUGAGAUGUGUUUCAAGGUCAUCGCCCUCGACCCUUACUACUAUUUCCAGGAAGGCUGGAACAUCUUUGACGGUAUCAUUGUCAGCCUGAGCUUGAUGGAGUUGGGUCUAGCUAAUGUGGAGGGUCUUUCUGUUCUACGGUCAUUCAGAUUGUUAAGGGUAUUUAAGCUGGCCAAGUCCUGGCCCACACUCAACAUGCUCAUCAAGAUCAUCGGCAACUCUGUGGGCGCCCUGGGAAAUUUGACCCUUGUGCUGGCCAUCAUCGUUUUCAUCUUCGCUGUGGUGGGCAUGCAGCUGUUUGGCAAGAGCUACCGCGACUGUGUGUGCAAGAUCUCGUCCGACUGCGAGCUGCCCCGCUGGCAUAUGAACGACUUCUUCCACUCCUUCCUCAUCGUGUUCCGCGUACUGUGUGGCGAGUGGAUCGAGACCAUGUGGGACUGUAUGGAGGUGGCCGGCCAGACCAUGUGCAUCAUUGUCUUCAUGCUGGUCAUGGUCAUCGGGAACCUGGUGGUUCUAAACCUCUUUCUGGCCUUGCUGCUGAGCUCGUUCAGUGCGGACAACCUGGCGGCGACGGAUGACGACAGCGAGAUGAACAACCUGCAGAUCGCCAUGGGCCGCAUCCACAACGGCAUUGCAUUCAUCAAGGCAGCUAUGCGGCAGUUCCUGCAGAGCCUGUGCUUGGGCGCGGGGGGGAAGCCAGGGGCGCUGGACGAAGAGAAGCCCCUGGACGACCUCCACAGUGAUGUGGCCAAGGAGAACUGCCUGACCAAUCACACAAGCCUGGUGGUCAGUGUUGGUGUUGGUGUCGGUGCGGGCGGGGAGAUCACCAAGGACUUCCUAAAGACAGAGAGUGGAGGUGGCGGUGGUGGCCAUGUCACCACGGGCAACGGGGUGGACGGGCGGGGUGGUUAUGGGAUGGAGGAGGGCGACUACACGUCGUUCAUCCACAACCCGAGCCUGACCGUCACUGUGCCCAUCGCGGUCGGCGAGUCUGACUUCGAGAACCUGAACACGGAGGACUUCAGCAGCGACUCCUCAGAUGUGGAGGGAAGUAAAGAGAAGCUUCCGGUAGACAGGCAGCUCAGUUCGUCAGAGGGGAGCACGGUGGACAUCCGACCCCCAGGGGAGGGGCCUGAGGGCUCCAUAGAACUGGAGACCGAGGAGUCCUUGGAUCCGGAGGCCUGCUUCACUGAAGACUGUGUGAGGCGUUUCCAGUGCUGCCAGGUAAAUGUGGAGGUGGGUCGCUGGAAGAGCUGGUGGACGCUAAGGAAGACCUGCUUCAGGAUCGUGGAGCACAACUGGUUCGAGACCUUCAUCAUCUUCAUGAUCCUUCUUAGCAGUGGUGCUCUGGCCUUUGAAGACAUUUACAUUGAGCAGAGGAAGACAGUGAAGACCAUGCUGGAGUAUGCUGAUAAAGUCUUCACCUACGUGUUCAUCCUGGAGAUGUUGCUGAAAUGGGUGGCCUACGGCUUCGUCAAGUACUUUACCAACGCCUGGUGCUGGCUGGACUUCCUCAUUGUCGACGUGUCAGUGGUGAGCCUGUUAGCAAACGCUCUUGGUUAUUCGGAACUGAGCGCCAUCAAGUCCCUGAGGACUCUACGAGCACUGAGACCCCUGAGAGCCCUGUCACGCUUUGAGGGCAUGAGGGUGGUGGUGAACGCUCUGCUGGGCGCCAUCCCCUCCAUCAUGAACGUGCUGCUGGUGUGCCUUAUCUUCUGGCUCAUCUUCAGCAUCAUGGGCGUCAACCUGUUCGCCGGCAAGUACUACCACUGUGUCAACAGCACCACGGAUGAGCUGCUGCCUGUUUCACUGGUCAACAACAAGACAGAGUGCCUGGCACUGGUCAACGACAGCGCCCGCUGGAAGAACGUCAAGAUCAACUUCGACAACGUGGGCGCGGGCUACCUGGCACUGCUGCAAGUGGCUACAUUUAAAGGAUGGAUGGAUAUCAUGUAUGCGGCUGUGGACUCACGUAAUCUGGAGGAGCAACCCAUGUACGAGGUGAACCUGUACAUGUAUCUCUACUUCGUCAUCUUCAUCAUCUUCGGCUCCUUCUUCACCCUCAACCUCUUCAUUGGUGUCAUCAUCGACAACUUCAACCAGCAGAAGAAAAAGUUUGGAGGUCAGGACAUCUUCAUGACAGAGGAACAGAAGAAGUAUUACAAUGCCAUGAAAAAGCUUGGAUCCAAGAAACCACAGAAACCAAUUCCAAGGCCAAUGAACAAGUUCCAGGGCUGCGUGUUUGACUUUGUCACCAAGCAAGCCUUCGACAUUGUUAUUAUGAUCCUGAUCUGCCUGAACAUGGUGACUAUGAUGGUGGAGACGGACGACCAGACCACGGACAUGGACACUUGCCUCUACUGGAUCAACCUGGUCUUUAUUGUUCUCUUCACUGGCGAGUGUAGCCUCAAGAUGAUCUCGCUGCGACAUUAUUACUUCUCUCUGGGAUGGAACAUUUUCGACUUUGUGGUGGUCAUCUUGUCCAUUGUUGGUAUGUUCCUCUCGGACGUCAUCGAGAAGUACUUUGUGUCACCAACGCUGUUCCGAGUCAUCCGUCUUGCUCGGAUUGGCCGCAUCCUGCGUCUCAUCAAAGGCGCCAAGGGCAUCCGCACGCUUCUCUUCGCCCUCAUGAUGUCACUUCCUGCUCUCUUCAACAUCGGCCUCCUCCUCUUCCUUGUCAUGUUCAUCUACGCCAUCUUUGGCAUGUCCAACUUCGCCUAUGUGAAGCAUGAGGCGGGCAUCGACGAUAUGUUCAACUUCGAGACGUUUGGCAACUCCAUGCUCUGCCUGUUCCAGAUCACGACAUCAGGCGGCUGGGACGGACUCCUGGCGCCCAUCCUGAACAACAAGGAGCCCGACUGCAGCUACCGGAUGGAACACCCUGGCAGCUCAGUGCGCGGCAACUGCGGCAACCCGUCGGUGGGCAUCUUCUUCUUCGUCUCGUACAUCAUCAUCUGCUUCCUGAUCGUGGUCAACAUGUACAUCGCCGUCAUCCUGGAGAACUUCAGUGUGGCCACGGAGGAGAGCGCGGAGCCACUGAGCGAGGAUGACUUCGAGAUGUUCUAUGAGGUGUGGGAGCGCUUUGACCCGGACGCCACACAGUUCGUAGAGUACGACAAGCUGCCCGAAUUCGCCGAUGCACUUGACCCUCCGUUGCGCAUUCCCAAGCCAAACAAGAUCCAGCUGAUCGCCAUGGAUCUGCCCAUGGUGAGCGGCGACCGCAUCCACUGCCUGGACAUCCUCUUCGCUUUCACCCUGCGCGUGCUCGGCGAAGAGGGUGAGAUGGACGCGCUGAGGGGUCAGAUGGAGGAGCGCUUCAUGGCCUCCAACCCUUCCAAGGUGUCCUACGAGCCCAUCACCACCACGCUACGCCGCAAGCAGGAGGAGAUGUCCGCCACGAUCAUCCAGCGUGCCUUCCGACGCUACCACCUACGCCGGACAGUCAAGCGCGCCUCCAACAUGUACCGUCAGCUGCAAGACGGUGGGGCCGUCAUCGGCCGGGGCGGCGAGAAAGUUCCCGACAAGGAGGUGCUGGUGAUUGUCAAGUUCAACGAGAACUCGGCCUCGGACAAAACGGACAUGACCCCCUCAUCGGCCUCGCCGCCCUCCUACAACAGCGUUGCCAAGUCCGACAAGGACAAGUACGAGAAGGACAGACGGGAGAAAGAAGACAAAGCGAAAGACACUCGAGACAGGAAGAAGUGAAGUGGGACUGGACUAGACUAGACUGGGCCCCCUGGGCAGAGCCUGAGACUGAUGGAAAAAUGAGGGACGGUUUACAGAGGUUGGGAGACUGGCCGGGGUGUGAUUUUAUUGAUUGCAGAGCUUGGGAACCUCCCCCACCAAAAGGUGUGUGUGUGUGUAUGUAUGUAUGUAUGUAUGUGUGUAUGUGUGUGUGUGUGUGUGUAUGACAACAAUGUGAAGUGAGCUAGCACACACAUUACGACAAUGAUGGUGGUGAGGGGAGGUUUUUUUGGGGGGAAUUGCUCAUAUAAGUUAAUGGUGCCACAACAUUGGGAAUGCCACAAACGGGUGGUUAGGUAUAACUGAUGAAGUUAUGUGCGUUCCCCCCAUUGUAGGACACAGUGCUGCUAAAAGCGAGCGAUAGAGGCCACUUCCGAGUCUCCAACAAGGGAAUGUGCAUUUCUAAGAUUUUAUUUAUUAUUCUGAGUGUUGUAACAAUCUGGAAGACAAACUGUAUACUGUUAUGUCUGCCUGUAGCUAGCGCUCCUAGCGCUCCGGCUGUAUUAUUUGCUUGCCUUCUUGCCAUCAUUUUAUGUUUUUGUUUGUAUUUCUUUUUUAAAAAAAAAAGAAAAUCGGGAUCUUAAUUAUACGGCACAUCAAUGUUUUCUACUCGUUUUUGAUUGUGACUAUAAUGAAGCAUAUCCCAGGUGCGAACACAGAACACCCAAACAAAUACAUGAAUGACCUCCUCCAGGAGUCUAAGGUCACAAUGUAUGUCACAGCUUAGAGAACUAAUUAGAAGCCCUGGAGGUUGACAGGCAGGAAUGUGGCUGGUUAAAAGCCUCAAACAAAUGUACACAGGCACCUCGUCUGGCCCUCGAUAUCAGCAAGCUGGAUCAACACAGUUUACUUCAGCUCUGGCCAAGUUGAACUGAGGCUGUAGACUCAUGAGAGAAAGAGGCUGUGGACUCACGUGAAGUUGAGAUUGUAAACCCGUGUGAGGUUGAGGUUGUUGACUUGCGUUAGGGUGAGGCUGUAGACUCAUGAGAGAAAGAGGCUGUGGACUCACGUGAAGUUGAGAUUGUAAACCCGUGUGAGGUUGAGGUUGUUGACUUGCGUUAGGGUGAGACUGUAGACUCACGUGAGGUUGAGGCUGUAGACUUGUGUGAGGCUGGGGUUGUAGACUCAAGUAAGGUUGAGACUAGUCUCACUUGAGAUUGAGGCUGUAGACUCACGUGAGGUUGAGGCUGUAGACUUCCGUUAGGCUGUAGAAUCAAGUGAGGUUGUGAUUGUAGAUCCAACUAAGGUGGAGGCUGUAGACUCACGUCAGGUUGAGACUGUAGUCUCACGUAAGAUUGAGGCUGUAGACUCGCAUAAGGAUGAGGUUGUAGAUUUAUGUGAGAUUGAGGCAGUACACUCAUGGAAGGAUGAGGUUGUUGAUUUAUGUCAGAUUUAGGCAGUACACUCAUGUAAGGAUGAGGUUGUAGAUUCAUGUGAGAUUGAGGCAGUACACUCAUGUAAGGAUGAGGUUGUAGAUUCAUGUGAGAUUGAGGCUGUACACUCACAGGAUUUUGAGGUUGUAGACUCGCAUAACAUUAAGGUUGUCAACUCAAGUGAGGUGGCCCAAAGUGAGGUAAUGUCGAGUGAAGAGAAGGCCGAGCAGAACAAGGCUCAGUUUCGUCUGGCCGUGUUCCAAGACUGAGGUUGAGUCGAGUUCCUCAGCCACACAGAGCCUGAAUGUGCACCUGUCUACAGGUGCAACACAACAAACACAACACGCAUCACAAAUCAAAAUAGAAUGUCCUCUUAUCUCAGAGAUUUCCAAACACUCUUUUACUCAUUCUCUCUCUGUCUCUCAUGUCUCCUCUGUUUUGAGUUACAUUUUCUUUUUCUGUCUAAACUUCCAGAACAAAUAGAAAACAGAAAACACACAAAAAAUAUGUUUCUAGAGGAUGAGAAAAUCUAGACUCACAUAUUUCUGCAAGGCGAAACAUAUAGAGUGUGGAUUUCAGUGUCUGUCUUUAACAAUACAUGGUAGUUCAUUUCAAUAUGAAUGAGCUAUUUUUCAUUCUAUAGUAAUCUAUUGGGUGGUGAAAUGUUUGUAUAUAAUGUACUCCAAGGUGUGGGCACACUAUGUAUCACAGCUAUGUAUGUGCUUCUGAAGAGCACUCUUCCUGAUUCUGUUACCUAUCAUAUUGUAUAUGGGUGCAUAUUACUUCUGUGGUAGUGAAUGCGCUAGAAUGUACGAAUCGGUAGUGUGUUUACGUGUGUGUGUGUGUGUGUGCGCAUUAGUGUGCUUGUACGCCCUUGGGCAUAUUUGCAAAUGUAUGUAUGACCAGGGUGUGUGUAUGUAUGUGUAUGUUUGUUUGUGCGUCCAUGUCUAUUCACACUUGUGUAUGAGAGUAUGUAUACAGAAUUGGACUUUGCUUUCUAAUUAUCAUGAAUAGUGUUUAUAUUGUAAAUAGUAGUUUUAAACUCAUGAAUUUCCAUGCUUUCUCGUCAGUUUUUUAAUCAUCAAGUUUGUUUACAUUCUGCUCAGUACCCGGUGAGGCCACAAAGCAUUGUGUGUCUAUGGUAAAUGUUUUCAGAACUAUGAUGCGAUCAGUAGCCAUCAUUAUCCAUAUGCCUUUAGUGUGGGUAGUCAACUGCAUGCUGAAUAGUAAUCCGCCACACAGUGACAUUAUUUUAAAAAGCCAAAAGAAUAAAGAUCAUAUUUUUUGUACGGAAAUGUCUGUUCAGUUUCUUUUUUUUGUGUUUGAUUUUAUUUUCCCUCAUGCAUACAAAUUUGAUGACAGAAAAAUGUGAAUAUUUCUGUUUUUAUGUCUGGCACAAUGAACUGCUGGAUGAAAUACAUAUAUAUUUGAUUUUAGAAAUCAUUUUAAUUCAUUUGGGGACAUAUUUCAUAUAUACACAGUAAAUAUAUUUAAUUUUCUUUCCCCUCAGAGAUCUAUGGAUAUUCACUUAACAAAAGCGAUAUUUUGGAUUUGUUAUAGUGUUCACUGUGUGACAUUUUUGUUCAGACCAAAGAUGUGACACGCUAACAUCUGAGUCCUUUCUUUUGAUUCUCUUUUCAAAAAUAAAGCACAUUUUUGGGAAGCAUA